UGAAUCGGGUGUUGUCUGCCCAGUACUAGUCUACAACCCGGAUAUAUGUAAUAGAUAUAGGUAGAGAUGUAAACACUGUAAUGGUCGACAGGAAAUAUACUGCUCCGUGUACAACAACAUCAUAAGUAAAGACAGAAAUUUGGUAACAAACGGGAGCUGUCCGUGUCUAUUUAUCAUAAAUCACCCCGAAAUCACUAAGUUAACCUUCUAGUUCUAAGUCGAACUGAUAAACUCUAGGAACACGGACAUGUCAGCUGGAAGGGUUUUCAACACGUUAUACUGCCGCGAGGCCAGCAUUUGUGAUGAAACUGCUAUUGCCAGCUACAACAGCGCCUCACCAGACAUUCCCGUUGGACAGGUCAUUGCUGCACGGCCUCUGACAAAUUCCUGUAAUUCAUUUUCAUUUGUGAUUGUGAAUGUCGGCACUAAGGGAUGUAUCUCUAUUGGGCUAGUCCACCGCCAUUACCCGGCUCACAGACAACCAGGCUGGGACCCUAUGUCCAUAGCGUACCAUGCUGACGAUGGAGGAAUAUUCCAUGGUGAUGGCUACCCCAUCCAGAACGUGGUGUCAGUGAGAGUCGGAGGGAUCAUGACGUGUACGCUCAACUUCCAGGAUCAGUGUGUGACGUUUUACCGCAAUCACAUCCAGGUUUAUAAAAGUGGCCGACUGCAGUUUCCACCCGGAGGUUUCUAUCCGGCUAUAGGGUUCCAUUCGUUUGGAGAAAGUGUAUGUCUGCUUGAACGGGACCCCUGGCUUCCGUCGGACGAUCAGGUAGAUCAAAGUGAAGUCGUCUACCAUAGUCUUCAUUGUCGAGAAGUAAACAUUAAUCAAACCAAUGGAAUGCUGAGGUACGACAGUACCUCUCCAGAUGUACCUGUUGGUCAGUUUAUUGGCGCAAAGCCACUAACGCCGAACUGCAACAAAUUUUCGCUUGUGAUAGUGCACCCCGGUACAAAGCGAACUAUCGCCAUAGGGUUGUGUCACCGCCAUUAUCCAGCGAACCGACAACCUGGCUGGGAACCAAUGUCCAUCGCUUACCACGCAGACGACGGAAAAAUCUAUGCAGGAGCUGGUUCGUCAAAAACACUCGCUGCCAAGGCCACAGUGGGCGAAGUGAUAGGAUGUCAGUAUAACUUUAUAAAUAACACGGUCAUCUUUUUCAAAAACGGACAGCAGCUGUACCAGUCACGAUCAAUGCAGAUACCCGUGGACGGAUUCUACCCUGUCGUUGGACUUCAUUCGUUUGGAGAGGUCGUCCAGCUACUGGAGAGAGACAUAUGGCAAGCCCCAGAAGAAAAUGAGGUACUGCUCCCACCACCACAGUCUGUGCAACAAAAUAUCGAAUACCACACGCUCAUAUGUCGAGAGGCUACCAUUGACCAUGGGCAGGGAUAUAUAAGUUACGACAGUGCUAAUCCCGACACACCUGUCGCACAAGUGGUUGCGAAGAACCCCCUGACUGCCACCUGCAACUCAUUUUCAAUAGUGAUCAUUGUGUGUGGUUUGAAGCGCUGCAUGACUAUUGGUUUGUGUGACCGGAACUACCCGGCCGACAAUCAACCGGGCUGGACACGCAACUCAAUAGCUUACCAUGCUGACGAUGGAGGAAUAUUUAUUGAACAUGGAUACCCUCUCCUAUGCGUCCAGCCGUCAUAUCUAGGCAAUAAGAUGACGUGUGAACUCCAGUUUCCUGAAAAUAUCGCAAAGUUCUACCUCAAUAAUAGACUAGUGUAUGAAAGCGAACCACUGACAGUUCCUCCAGGAGGGUUUCAUCCUAUAGUGGGUCUUCACUCGUAUGGUGAGGUCGUCAGGCUGGUGGAGAAAGAACCCUGGUCCACUGCACCUCAUACUCCUGCCAGUGGUCAGCACAACAACAGCAGCAGCAGCAGCAGUAACAUAACCAGCAGCAGUAACAUAACCAGCAGCAGCAGUAGCUUUACUGUGAUUGAUGGACCGGGAGUGUCAAGUGGACUGAGUGCAGCUCCUCCAUCUUACACUGGCAGUGACGACCAGUUUCCUAGUCUGCCUGUCUGUGGGAUUUGUAUGGAGAACCCAGUGAACUGUUUCCUCAACCCAUGCGGCCACACGUUCUGUGUCGUCUGCGUCCAGCAGUGGCAGAGGAGAAACAUGGAGUGUCCCACCUGCAGAAACAGAAUACAGUUGAUCUGUUUUAGAAGACCUAACGAGACACCAAACCAGAUAGUGUAGUGUCUGUUGUACUCUUCAGGAGUUGAAGUGACACAAAUAUCUCGAGGAUAUGACUCGGCUCACUAGGUUCUUGUCUACAAACACCCCGGUGCCUGUUUGAUGUUCAGUAGGUGAACUGUUGACGAGUUCUCUACUUUGACGAUAUCUAAUAGCUCGCUACAAAGACAUUGACAAGGUUGUGAAGGACUCGAUUGUAAACGAAACCAGAUUGGUGAUUCCUUGUUGGGAGAGACGUUUCUUAGAACAGACACGGGAGUGCUGGCACUCCUCUCUGUAGCUCGAGGGUCCCCUCUAGCCCUGUUCUCUUUAAAUGUGACAAUAGGGUUCGAGUGUUCUUAGUGUUAAAAAUGUCAAUUUGUAAAGUUCCGACACCCAGGUUCAUUAAGUAACUAUGUCUAAUAUAUAAAUGUGUUCUUAAAUCUAA